ACGGGUCACCACCCCCCUCCCCUGUGUGGGCUUCCGUGCCCUGAGACGGGCCACGAUCACUGCCUCCUGAAAGCAGGCUCCGUUAUCCCAAGAAUUUUAUCUGCUUUUCAGGGACUUUUUUUUCUUUCAUCUGGUUUUCUAAGAGGUUUUCUAUUGUUAUACCUCACAUAGAAGAGUCUACAACUCUGUCGUGUCAUGAAUAAGCCAAGACAAGCUGGCGUGGUUGUCACUUAGGAAAAAUGCCGACAGUUCUGUGUGUGUGCAGGUGGCAGCAUGAGGCUGUGCACCUCUGAAUACUUGUUUUUCCAGAACACCCCAUGGCGGUGCUGGGACCAGGUCAUGUGCAGGGCGGCUCCCGUAGGAUUAGACUGGGAUGACCUGGGCUGCUGUGGGAGCAGGCCGCGUGUGUGAGAGAGAAAAGGACUCCGCCCCAGCGGCGCUGUUGCAGAAACCACAGACUGUGCUGGUGACCUGCGGGCUGACAGUGGUUUUCUUUCUUGGGAUGCAGGUUUUUCCUCCCAGUCGCACCUCUGUACAGCCAGAUGGGGGCAUGUGUCCGGGCCAGCUGGAUCCCUGCGUGCUGGCUGGAGUGGGGCUGUGUUCUCCUGGGGGUGUCUGGUUGCGGAGCCUCUUUGAAGAAAAGACCUUUUCUGUGGUUAAUGGAACAGCCAGCCGUUCGCAUUCCCCCCUGACUGUGGCCCUGGUGUGCUCCGGGGAAGCUCGGCCUUGAGCCCCCUGUGCCAGCACCGGCGCUUGCCGUGUCCUGAGAGUGCCCGUCCACGGCUUACUUCCUUUCUCUCCUGAACUGGAUUUGUUUGGGCUGGAGGCACAGUUUUGGUUGACUGGUUAUGUUUCUUUUCUGAUAAUCACUGAGAUAAAUACACAGCCGGUGAGUUAAAUGUUCUGGCGCCAGCUGUGCCGGCUGCCACUGGAGGCUGUGCCUCGCUUUGGGAAGCCGUUUUCUGCUAUUUCACACUCUCUGUCUCGGGCAGGGGCUCUGUGCCACACGCAACAGCUCAGUCCCGGUCUGCUCCCUGAACAUUGUUUGUUGCAGGUGGACCGUCGUCCUUUCUGUUCUGUGUCUGCACGUUACCUGCCAGGCUUCUUGCUGCUCUGUGCUUCCGUCCCUCUGCAGUUCAGGAAACCAGCUUUUCCCAGCUCCUGUACUUUGCCAGGGGGAGCUGGGCUGUGGGACACCCCAGUGUGGAGCCUGGACAGACCCCAGGGGCAGGGUGCCUUGACCACUCGGUGCGGCGGCAGACCUCAGGAGAGAAAACAGCCUUGUUUCCGUUCUUGGUACAUGUCACAGAACAAGCACGCAGAGGCCCGGGAGCUCAUGUGCUCAGGAGCGCUACUGUUCUUCAGCCACGGCCAGCAAAACAGUGCUGCAGACUUGUCCAUGCUGGUCUUAGAGUCGCUGGAGAAGGCAGACGUCGAGGUGGCCGAUGAGCUCUUGGAAAAUCUGGCUAAACUGUUUAGUUUGAUGGAUCCAAAUUCUCCGGAGCGAGUGGCCUUUGUGUCUAGAGCCCUGAAGUGGUCCAGUGGAGGAUCCGGGAAACUGGGCCACCCCCGGCUCCACCAGCUGCUGGCCCUCACCCUGUGGAAAGAACAAAAUUAUUGUGAAUCUCGAUAUCACUUCCUGCACUCCACUGACGGUGAAGGCUGUGCCAACAUGCUGGUGGAAUAUUCCACCUCGAGGGGAUUCCGCAGCGAGGUGGACAUGUUUGUGGCCCAGGCUGUCCUACAGUUUCUCUGUUUAAAAAAUAAAAGCAGUGCGUCGGUGGUGUUCACAACCUACACACAGAAGCACCCGUCAAUUGAGAACGGCCCUCCAUUUGUGCAGCCCCUACUUAAUUUCAUCUGGUUUCUGUUGUUGGCCGUAGAUGGAGGCAAACUGACAGUGUUCACAGUGUUGUGUGAGCAGUACCAGCCGUCCCUCCGGCGGGACCCAAUGUACAACGAGUACCUCGACAGGAUAGGACAGCUCUUCUUUGGCGUGCCACCCAAGCAGACGUCUUCCUACGGAGGCUUGCUAGGAAACCUUCUGAGCAGCCUCAUGGGCUCCUCGGAGCAGGAGGGCGAGGACAGUCAGGACGACAGCAGCCCCAUUGAGCUGGACUGACGCCGCCUGUUGGACCUGCAUGGAGAUGCCCUUGACCGCGAGUCCUGGGACAUGGGUCCUCACACCCGGCGGGCUCCCGGUUCUGAGGCUGCGGUGGCUGCGUGUUGGCAUCUCUCUCUCUCUGCGCGGGCCGCGGGGCCAUGCUGUGGCCUGUGUGGCCGUGCUGGCUGGGCUGCACCGUGUACCUUCAGAUCGACCCACAAUAAAGCUCAGCCUGGCCGCGCCUCCACCCUUUCCCGGUCCUUUGUUUCUGGUUUGCUUUGGGAGGCCAAGGGGCUGACACAGGCACCUGGCGUCAAGUGUGCCUGUCCCCAUCACGGAUGGCGUAGGGGAGCUGUGCCCCUUGGGUGGUGGAGGGUGGCUGCCAUCGGGCCGGCCCCACGUGGAUGGUGUUCUGGAGUGCACCUGGGCAGCAGCUCCGUGCCAAAUCCCGGAAGCCGCGGCCCUGCCACCGAGCACAUGGCCAUUUGAAAUGGCAUCUUAUAAAGGGAUGCUGCAGAACUUUCCACCUUUCAUAACGCAAUAUUUAUUUUCAUUGGGUGACUGAUUCUUUUGACUUGACAUUUUAGGUUUUAACCAAAUAACCAGUCCAGGAAUGAGCAAAUCUGUCCUUUCUCACUGAUGCUAUACCAGAUGUUCCCAGGAUAAUUACAAAAGGGGAAACACUUUAUUUUUUCACAAUUAAAAUGAGUUGUAGAUUAAUGCACAGUGAUCAUGCAUGGGAAGGAGCAAAAUAAUACAAUUUUAUUUACUGUAAAAAUGGAAUUAAAGGAAGGUUUAUGUGAAUUGUUGAGUUUAAAUAAAUCCUUUAUACUGGG